AUGUACCGCCGACCGCUAUGCCACCCGUCGACGCCAACGUGGGCCUCGGACAGCGUGCCUCCAUGUCCACCUGGGCUGGUGGCUCCGUUGAGCUCCGAGCCGCUGACGCCGUCGCUGCUGACUUCGGUCUCGCGGCAAGUGAUCCGUGGUUUUACCGCUGCGUCGAAUCGGCACACUAAGGCAACUUUUGUCCCGCCAUCUGCCGACGCCAUCGAAGCGAUCCUGUUGGAGCUCGCCAAGCCCAAAAAGUAUCGCGUCGAUGUGCUCGACCAAAUUAGCCUUGCUCGGCCAUACUCGCCUAAAGUGGCUACGGCUCGCUUCACCGUAGACGCGGGUGAUGCACUAGCUGCGCAGUCGCACGAAGCGAUCAUGUCGUCGCUGUUUACAAGCACGCAAACCGAGGCCGUCAAGGCGUUCCUGCCUGAAUCCGUCCAAAUCACACGGCUUGGGCGUGGCGGCAUUUUGUUUUCUGUAACGUCGUCGAGUGUGCGAAAGGCGCUUCGAGGACAAUACCUGUCCACCCUGGGAAUGCGCUACCUCAUCCCAGUGCAGGAGGAACACCCCCUAGACUCUCUGUGCUACAUGUAUGUCACAGGCAUCCGUGACAACUUUGAUGCCACGCAAUUCUACCGCAAGCUGACCCAGCUUGGCGUGGAUGUCGCAUAUCAAAGCCAUCGCGCGGUCAUUCCUGAAACGGGCUACCAUACGAACGCGUGGCGAGUUUACUUCUCGGAUGGGUCAAUCCCGAAGGAACUCAUGAUCCACGGCGCACAAAAGGGACGCCUUUCCACGGUGCAAACGGUGUAUCUCUACACUGCUUAG